UCUACAUCUCUCUGUGUCCGUGACUGUGAUUUCCGUUCUCUCACACGACCUGUCACCGCAGCGCUUUUUUUUUUUUUCAAAUGGCGGAUAAGCUGGAGACUCCAACGCUAGACGCGGAGAGCACCACGCUCCUCCACGCGAUCUCGGAGCACGGAGGCUACGCGUACGUGAGCAUGGCGACGCUGGCUGCGGAGGCAGGAGACCCACGCGCGGCUGAGGCGGCGCUUGAGAUGGCGUGGGAGCAGCUCCACUCUGGUCCCUGGCAUUCUGUGCUGCCGGUGUGGCGGGACGCGUACUCAAUGGCGUGCCUCCACGUGGCGAGGCUCCACUUCUCCAACGGUGAGCUCAGUGAGGCCCUUAGGGUUUUGGAUAUGGGCCUCAUCAUGGGCGGUUCGCUCCUCCGUAAGGACCUUGACUCCGCCGUCGAAAAGGUCUCCGCCGUAGCAAGGGACUCCACGGUUUCCGAUCAAAGCUCUGAUCGUCGAUUAGUUCGCCAUGAACUCGAUCAAGAGGAGGUGCUUCGGUCUUUACCCAUUAAGUCUCUGUCUUGUAAAAUUGUGGUAAAGAGGCCUGCUCUAUCUUUGGAGGGGUUCCUUCGUGAAUAUUUUCUAUCAGGUUCUCCAGUUAUUAUUAGUGACUGUAUGGCUCAUUGGCCAGCCAGGACAAAGUGGAAUGACUUGGAUUAUCUAAAAAGGGUUGCUGGAGACCGCACAGUUCCAGUUGAGGUUGGCAAAAACUAUUUAUGCUCACAGUGGAAGCAAGAGCUUAUCACAUUUUCACAGUUUCUUGCAAGGAUUGAGGCUAACAACUGUUCUGACAACCCUACAUAUCUCGCCCAACAUCCGUUGUUUGAUCAGAUAAGUGAGUUACGGAAGGACAUUUGUGUUCCUGACUAUUGUUUUACUGGGGGUGGGGAGCUGAGGCCUCUUAAUGCCUGGUUUGGACCAGCUGGGACAGUAACACCGUUGCACCAUGAUCCACAUCAUAAUAUACUUGCUCAGGUCGUUGGCAAAAAGUAUAUAAGGCUUUAUUCUGCUUCAGUGUCGGAGGAACUUUACCCUUACACUGAAACCAUGCUUAAAAAUUCAAGCCAGGUUGAUCUAGACAACAUAGACGAGACGCAGUUUCCAAAGGUGCAUGACUUAGAAUUUCAAGACUGCAUUUUAGAGGAAGGUGAGAUGCUUUAUAUCCCGCCCAAAUGGUGGCACUACGUGCGAUCUUUGACCCCAAGUUUGUCAGUUAGCUUUUGGUGGAGUGACAUUCAAAAUUGAAGCAUGGCAUGAAAUGUUAUCGUUUCCCGUAUAUUUUCUUGAUAUAGAACUGAGCAUUUUGGAUAAUUGUAGCUGCUAUGUUUUUUUAAUAGACAUGGGUAGCUGUAACAUUGAUUGAUAUUAUUACUUAUUAAAAAAAAAAAAAAACAUUGAUUGAUAUUAUUACUAGAAAUAUAUUUAUGUAUAUAAAAAUUUUGUUCGACUGUAGUAUUCCAAAUAAUAGAAUUGUUUUUUAUUA